GUGAAGACAGAGGGGUGAGGUGUUGAGCAUUGAGGUGCACAAGGAGUAUGUGUAGGCCAAAGAUAAGCCUUCAGCUUGGCACACAUCACAGUCUUUCAUCACCUUCUCCUGCCACCCUCUCUCUCUAUUUCAACUCUGGAAUAUUAGUAGCGGGGGAGGUUCAAAGCAUCAUCACAAAGAGGGGUAAAAAGAAGCAGGAAGAGGGAGAAAGCCAUCUCAUUUCCCCCGGUUUCUCUUGCUCUCUUUCCUUCUCCCCCAUUUCCUUUACAAUCGCCACCUCCUUCAGCCGAUUCCUCCUCUUCUCAGCUCUCUUGAACCAUCGGAGGCAUCCCUUUGCCUCGAUGACCGUGUGGCUGUUUAUAUGUUGUUAUUGACGGCAGAGCGGUGGAGAUUGUAGGGAAGGCGCGAAGGAGGCUUCUUGCUGGUCGAUCUUUGAGAUUUCUGGAUCGUUUUUUGCUUCAAAGAUUCCUCUCAGAUAUGCAGCACAUGUAACCAAGGUGUAUGGUUUACAUGAAUCAAAUAAAUGCUUAUUUGCAUACAUAUGUUGUGGUUUUGAUCCAUUCUGGUUCAAUCGAGUCCUGUUUCCAACUCCAGUAUGUCGGAUUUGGAAAGCCCAAAUGCUGACUCUUGAAUGACUGCUGAGCUACACUUGAAUACAUCUUGCAAGAGUUGCAAGCGGAGGACAUACAAUCCCUGAUGCAGGGGCAAAGGAGUAGUUUUCAGCCCUUUUGUGAGGCUUUUGAAUAUGAUCGAGCAUCUGGUUCAAGUAGCUCAGUCAUGGAUCAGCAAAUGUUUUGGAACAACCUUCUUUUUAAUUCAGUAGAGAACCAUGAUUUACCCAGCAAUCCACUAUCUCCUAGUGGUACUAACAUAUCCCGUGGAAAUGUAGUUUGUCAAGGGAGUGCCAGCCUGAAUAUCUGGGAUCCAGUUGGGACAAGCUCUAGCAUGCCCCCAUUAGACCAAGGCAGUAAUGAUGAAAUAAAACAGGAAUGUGGUUGGACCUUUUCUCUAAGUAAUCAAGACAGUGGGCCAAGGAUAUCAGAUGGUGGAUCUGAAGGUAGCCAUACUCUUUCUUUUCAGAACACGGAUGCUGAACUUAAUGGUAAUCAUGCCAACAAUGGAGAACCAUUUUCACAAUUUCUCAACUUUCGUGAGCUCCCUCAUAACUUGGACUACGGUUCAGCUCAUGUUGGAAUGAGUAGCCAGGUUCUUGAAUCAGGGCAACAUCAAGAACCGUAUAAUCCAGGUUUAAUGCAAUAUCAACCUGUUUCCUUCUCUGGAAGCUCUUCAGGUACAUUUGAGAGUUCUUCCAGAGCUAUUGAUUUCUUAUCCAACAAUGAUAGAAACAGACAACGAGUUGCACUGGAUGAUCAAAUUUUUUCACACAAGAGAAAGAACAUUGAACGAUUUCAUGGGGAGUCUUCAGCUAGCGGAAGCUCUAGUUACUUUAAUGAAGUAUCUGUCCUAUCUAUGUACUUAUCAGGUGUGAAACAUGCGGAAGAAGAAAUAAAUGCUGGAAUUGGCACAAUCACUAGGGUUGCAGCUUCUGAACACCAGUACUUUGGUAGUGCAGCAGUAAAUGAUGAAAGCUUCCAAAGGAAUAUUCGCACUAGAGUCAACCAUGCAUGUCUAACUAAUGCUACCAUACCUAACCUAUUGCACCAAGAGAAUUACAUUACUCAGAAUAAUCUUUGGCCUGCUCAACAGCCAUCUCUGACAAUCCCAUCAAAUCAGCCAUCAAAUUCUAGGUUAGUCGGUAGCCAUAUGGGGCCACGUAGGCAGCCUCUUGUACAAACAAUUCCUGGAUUGUCUCCAGAUCUGUACCCUUUCCCACAGAGUGGAACUUCCACUAGAGAAGCAAACAGUUCUUCAGGUUCUCCAGCAAUUUCAGUUGAUGGAGCAUCUAGGGAGCUAAACUCAAUGAGUGUUUCAAGUAAUCUAGCAGAACAAUUGUUUAUUCCCCCACCUAACACCAGGCAAUUGGUGCAAAACCAGACAAACCAGGGCUUGACCAUUGGCAACACAACGUUAUCAGGAAAUGGAGUGCCUACAUCACAAGUUGGCACCAACUCAGGUGUUUAUCAAUCACCAGGUGCAAACUGGGUCCCUCACCACCAACAUCGGCGCUUAUCAGAAACUAUACUCGGGUCUUUUUUAUCAUCAGUUUCUGAAUCUAGAGGUUGGAACGUGAGCCUUCCUCCACGUAAUGGCCAUUCUUCCACAUCACAGGAGGUUGGACGUCAUCAACCUGGAGCUGGUCCACGUAAUCAUCAGCAAGUAUACAUGAGAUUCCCAAAUAUGUUGCACAGGCAAAAUGAUGGUGCUUUGAGCAAUCCCUUGUCCAUGCGGACUCUAGCAGCUGCAAGAGAAGGCAGAAGGAGGACGUCAGAGAUUCGUAAUGUUUUUGAUCUCAUCCGUCGGGGGGAUACCUUGCUGCUUGAGGAUUUCUUAUCAUUUGAGCAGUCAGGAUAUGUCGGGGGCACCAAUUUUCAUGACAGGUAUAGAGAUAUGCGGCUGGAUGUGGAUAAUAUGUCUUAUGAGGAACUGUUGGUGUUGGGAGAGCGUAUAGGAAAUGUCAACACUGGGCUCAGCGAGGAAAAAAUCCUGAACUGCCUACGACAGCGGAAGUAUGUAUCUAUCGCAUCAGAACCAUCGGGGGAAGUUGAACCAUGCUGCAUCUGUCGGGAAGAAUACAUGGAAGGGGCAGAGUUGGGCCGACUCGAUUGUGGCCAUGACUUCCACACUGCUUGCAUCAAGCAAUGGUUGAUGAUAAAGAAUUUAUGUCCCAUCUGUAAAACAACUGCCCUGAGUACCUGAAAAGAAAGGAUAGACUCUGCCGUUCCAUCUCGAAUUAAGAGGCAGCGACUUUAUACCACAACAAAAGAUAGCAUUUUCCUGAUUUUUUUCUUCCUCUAAAAUUUUCGAGUCACAUUAUAGAUUUUAAUGCUUGAGUCUUAUAUUGCAUGGUAUAUGACUCCUGCCACCUACAUAGGAGGAGGUCAGGAUUGUUGGAAGUUUGUGCUUUACUACUAUGGUUUGCACUAUUUUACCCUUCA